AAAAUGUUCGGAAUGAAACGAAUUUCGGAAUUUCAUUAAGCAGAGCCGCAGUUUAAAUAAUUUAAGGUAUUUUCGAUCACAUAUAUCAGCAUGGAAUAGCGUAAUGACCUUAUAAAAUUUUAUAGGACAUACUGUCUGUAUGAGACUUCAACUUCCUAGUUCCUACAGGGGCUCGCAGCUUAGAGUUGAAACUCGAACAGUUUUAACGACGAAAAAAUUGCAGGAUGUCUGCCAUCGUUUAUAAGCCGUCGGCGAGAUAUCAAGUUCCAGACUGGUUCCGACACAACUGCAGUGUUUCAGAUACCAGCAACCGAGAGCUUACUGUUAGCCACGAUACCAGACAAGGAACGAGUCAAACUUUAAAUGAAGCAGAGAUAAAAACAAAAUGGGACUACCACGACACAAAUAACCGUCUAUGCGAUCGCAUUCGCGAUGUAGAAAGCUGGAAAUUAGUUCUCGAGCAAACAUUGAAAGAAACUGAUGCCGAAAUUGUGUCCCUGUCAAACGCGAAAACGGCAGCGGAAGAUGAGCUCGAACAAAGACAUUUCGACUUGGAAACAGGCCUGGAGACUCUGGCGAUCCGGGAAGGCCGACGAACCGUCGAUGUGGUCAAGGAUGGGGUCGAAGUCGAACUGAACCAAGAAGUUCAGGUCAUCAAGGACUACCGGAGUGAGCUCCAGGAGCGAUGUAACCAGGCGUUUGAGCAGCUCAGUCGGCUGCAGGAGGCGCGUCAGAAGCUGCAGAGCGACAUCACAGACAAAUACAAGGCGCUCGACAUUGACGGCCUUUGUCUGUCGAUGACUCCGCAGAGUCCCAACAUCAGCUUCAAGCCGCACUGCAUGCGCAUGCCGAAGGACACUGUCACCGUGCAGCAGUGGCAGGACCACUCGCGGCACAACAAGGAGCGCGCCGACUACCAGAUGUGCCAGUCGCGCCGACUGCGGGACGCCAUCAUGGCCUCGCUGGCGCAGGGCCGUAACCGGCUGGACGCCCACCACACGGCCGUCCAGUUCGCGCUGCGACAGCGGCUGCACGAGCUGCACCAGACGCACGACGACCUCGUCUGGCAGCGCACCAAGCUCGAGCAGGAGAUCGCCACUGUCGAGGAGGACAUCCGGCGUCUGGAGGCGGCCAUCCGCGAUAAGGACCCCUACCGGAAGCUGGCAGAGACGCGGCUCGAGUACCGCAUGGACCGGCCCAACAUGGAGCUGGCCUACGACCCGCCGUGGCACGGCCUGCGCGAGGAGCGGCUCAGCAUCCAGGCCACGCAGGAGCUGCUCAACGGCCGGCUGCAGCAGCUGUGGGACGCGCUGGACCGGCUGCGCCGACAGCUGGCCGCCGUCAACGAGGACAUCUCGGUCAAGGCCAAUUCGAUCCGGCUGGACAGGCUCAGUCUGGAGACGCACGGGCGCACGCGGCCGCCGGCGCCGCCCAAGGACCGCAACUACCUGGACAAGGUGCUGCUGCUGCGACCCGAGAAGACCAUCUGCGAGCGAGGCGUGCACUACCUGCCGCGGCCCGACCUGCUGCCCGGCUACCAGACCGAGCAGGACUGCUCGUAUACGGCCGGCUGCUCGGGCAACCAGUACCGGCGGCCGUGCCACAACGACCGGGUGCUCGGCUGCUGAAUGGUCGAGCCGCCGUGAACUGGGUCACAACCAGAGGGCCCGCCAGGUCGACACGACUGACUCGACCCUUGGUCGAAAGGGCCGACUCUGCGUGGCUACGCAGAGCGGUCAAAAUUGCUUUGUGCGUGAUUUUCGGAUUGGUGAAUUUGUCAAAAGUGUCCGAUGUUGAAUUAAAAGUUGCUGGUUAUCUUGUCUUACCAUAGAGCUGUCAAACCAGCAGUUGUCAGCUUCAAGUCCGGCAUCGAUCAAAAUAUAUCUGUUGAUGUCA